UUACAUUUUCCCCAUUGCGGAACUUCAUCAGAAUUGACGAACAUUAUACAGUCGAGAUUGUUUCAGUACCGGAGUCAGUUACCCACUGUCGUUCGACUGUUAAUAUCAACAUCUAAUACUGAAAGUUUAUUUUUUUUAUUACGAAAAUGUUUAUAAAUUUGGUGAUGUUGUUAUUGGUGAUGUUCACUCGGUCUCCAGGUCCGGUAUCCGGACAGAUCCUUCGCUUAGGGCACUGUCCUUCCUUCUCCGUCCUAAAGGAUUUUGAAAUGGAUAAGUACUUAGGAACAUGGUACCAAAUUGAACGUUACUUUUCCUUCCCUGGAAUGGGAGGCAAAUGUUGGACCCAAACUUACUACCCCGAUCCUGAAGUUGAGGGACGCUUCAAAUUGAGAAUGGAUUAUCGAGAUUUUGUAGUGGAGAAUAAGAUGACGACUGAAAUGGAUAUUUACCAAGAUAUGGUAGACGAUCCUGCCACAUUGACUAGCCAGCUCUUCAGCAUGCCAUUUACAGCGGAUGACUAUCAAGUGUUGAGUACUGAUUAUACAAAUUACGCCGUCGAAUACCGCUGUGAGGAUCGUGGACUAUUUCAACGUAGAGAGUCUCUGUGGAUCCUUUCAAGAUCCCCCUUUCCGAAAUCCUGGGUAAUGAAGGAAGCCAAAAGUGUUGUUGCCAGUCUUGGACUCAAAAUGUCUAGCCUUCGACCGGUGACGCAAGACUGUUUUCUACCUCAUCGUGGACCAUACUCCAACAGGCCCUACCAACAGCAGAUCAAGAGAAAUCAUUUUAUUCCGAUGUAUUCGCGAGCAGCAACUCAUGAGCAGCAACAAAAACAUAAAUUUAUUCAGUUACCAAAGCAUCAUAAUUUCGCUUAAUUUUAACUGCCAGUGCUCAAAUAACAAUCACUUUAUUACAGUACCAACUUAGUAUCUCAGACAAGCAGCGAUGUCUCUAUCUAAUCCUUUAUUCAUUCCUAAUUAACACAACAAUUUCGAAGCCAUCAGCCCCAAUAUGUUUUGUUUAGUUUGAAUAGAAAUUCAAAUUCGCUUGAGGUUGCAUACUUACGGAAGGCCAAAUCCCCCCCCCCCCCAAUUCUUAAUAGCAUUUGACUAAUGCUAUUAUUAUUUCACUUUUCGAAAAAUAAAUGA